CCGCCAGCAUAAAAACACAUAUCUGAACGUCUCUCUGGGUUCCAAAAGCUUUCUUGCGAAACAAAGUGCUUGUAUGCUGGCCUGUAUGAGAAACACAUCCUGUGUCUCUCUAAAUGUGGCGGAAAAACCAGACGAAAACUCGCUUUUUUGGUGCGAAAUUCUCAACACUGAUAAAUACAGGUCUCAAGACAACGUCCAGUACAACACAAGCUCUAUCCAUUACAGCUUCAAUACGCCCUGCUACGAUGAGCCGUGCCUGCAUGGGGGUACUUGUGAACCAUCGUACCAUGACGACAGCUACACCUGCGCCUGUGUGCCUCCAUUCGUAGGAAAACAUUGCGACGCCUCCGCUUUUGGGGUAGAGGAUGGUCGAAUAACCGGGGCACAAAUGACAGCUUCUUCCCAUAAAUCCCCCUCAUCUACACCAUCCCUUGCGAGGCUGAACAACAAGCACAUUCAUAUGGUAACCCAUGGCUGUUGGUGGGUCGGAGUAAACAACAUUGACCAGUGGUUACAGAUCGAUAUAGGCCGUGUUGUGACAGUUUCCGUGGUAGCUACCCAAGGAAAUGAUGGUAUUGAUUGGUGGGUAACCAGUUACACACUUCGUUACAGUUUGGACGGGACUGUCUGGUCAGUGUACCAAGAGAAUGGCGUUGACAAGUUAUUUCCCGGAAAUGUCGAUCGUCUAUCCAUUGCCUUCAACGUACUGUCUUCUCCCGUCAAGGCGAAGCUCAUCAGGUUUCAGCCAAAAGGAUGGAAUCUCGAAAUAUCACUUCGAGUUGAGAUCUAUGGCUAUUAAACAUAGCCAUCAGGGACGAACCGUCAGAUAAGAAAGUUUAGGGAGGAAAUGGACAUUUACUGUGUACACAUACAUAUGCUGUUUUGUGUGUGUGUGUGAGCGGGGGGAGGGGAGGGGAGGUAUAAGUAUAUUACCACAGGUUUGUUGGUUUCCGUUGGGGACUUGGCCACGAAUCGUAUAAACUAUAGACGAAUAACGUAAAUUAUAUUGAGUGUCAGUUUACAAUGAAAUCACUGGUGAAUAUGCAAAAACCGUAUUCUAAAUGACUUACUUCUAUGGCGUGUCCAACCACUGUUCAUAAAAUUCCUGGUUAGCUGUAAUUGUGACUGUAACUGUAACGGAUACCGGUGAUACUGCAUGCAUUUCUGAUUAUGAAACGUUUUUUAUACAAAUGAUCACGUGAUUCAACGUAAAAGAUGAUCUCUUAUAAUAAUUAACUAUACCAGUGUCAAUUUAUCAUUGAAACAACCACUACACGGUAGAAACGUUUAGUUGAGGUUA